CAAAAAUGAAAAACAAAGGGAAAAGAAGGUUUUUACACCGUAUAUUUUUUUCUAUUUUAUGAUUACGCUUCCUUCAUUUUAUUUAUUUAUUAGUAUUCACCUAAUACCAUUUUCAUAUUCAUACUCACGUAUAAAAUAUAUAUAUAAUUUUUUCGUGAAGUCCACUGGCAAUUCCCAGUUGAUUUAAACCACUUUAUAGAGCUAUGUGGCACUCAUUAUGGCCCAGGAUUAGUCAAUGUUGGCGUCGAUUCUGGGCUAUGUCUCGAACAUCAUGACUUUGUUAAUUCCGCAUUUCCCACCAGAGUCCAUACGACGACUGAAUUUAAGUCUUUUUAUGCUCGUUUUCAUAUGUUUUAUGAUUCCAUGCGAAGUAAAAAAUUGAAGCUUAUAGCUAUACUCGUAUGUGCCCUUGACAUAUAAGUUCCAGUAAGAUAUCCAUCUAUUUGGUAUCUCUCUCACUGCUAUGGCCAACCAUUCGUGUUGCUUAUGGAGUUUUCUUCCCUUCAUUUCCUUCCUGUUCCUUUUUCCUUGUGUUAACUCAGUUCACUUUAAGAUACCUCGUUUUAACCCUGAGGCAACCGGCAUUCUCUACGAAGGGGAUGCGAGACCUUUUGUUGGUUAUGUUGAAUUUAACUACAUAUCUUAUCUGUGUCGGGUUGGUCGAGUUUCGUAUUCUCGAGAUGUGCCAAUCUGGGAUUCUCGUACUAACCAGGUUGCCGAUUUUACCAGCAGUUUCUCCUUCAACAUAGACACCCAGGGCAAAACUCUGUCAAACUAUGCAGCUGGGCUUGCUUUCUUUCUUGCUCCUGCUGGGUUUGAAAUCCCACCCAAUUCUGCAGGUGGGUUCCUUGGCUUAUUUAACACCACAACAAGCGAUUCAUCUCGGAACCAGAUUGUUCUGGUCGAGUUCGACACUUACUCCAACUCUGAAUGGGAUCCUCCGGUUCAGCAUAUUGGGAUCAACACCAAUUCAAUUGCUUCAGCUAAGUACACUCCUUGGAAUUUCAGCUUGUACGAUGGAAAAACUGCCGAUGCAUGGAUUUCUUACAAUGCCACUGCUCAGAUUUUGAGCGUGACAUUGAACUACAAGAACACAAGUAUUUCUAAAAAUAAUUUCACUCUUUCCCAUCAUGUUGAUCUCAAGGAAAUCUUACCCGAGUGGGUCAAGGUUGGAAUUUCAGCUGCUACGAGUCAUAAGUCGGAGCGGCACCGACUUCUAUCAUGGGAAUUCAGCUCAAGUUUAGAAAUAAAGACAACUGAUGAGGGAAAGAAGAGAAAGAGGAACAAAAUAAUAGUAGUACUUUUAGUUCUGCUGAGCAUUUUAAUGAUUGUUGUCACCAUAUCAUUCGUGUUUUUUCGGAGAUGGAAGAAGAUGAAAGAAGAAAGAGAAGAGAGAGUAAACUUAACUUCCAUCAAUGACGACCUAGAAAGAGGAGCAGGGCCAAGAAGGUUUUCUUACAACGAUCUUGUUGUAGCUACCAACAACUUCUCAAACCAGAGAAAGUUGGGUGAAGGAGGAUUUGGAGCUGUCUACAAAGGGUAUUUCAAUGAUUCAGAUACCACGGUUGCAGUCAAGAAAAUUUCAAGGGGCUCAAGACAAGGGAGAAAGGAAUACAUUACUGAAAUCAAGAUCAUUAGCCGGUUGAGACAUCGAAAUCUAGUGCAACUCUUAGGUUGGUGCCAUGAUGGAGGUGAAUUUCUUCUAGUCUAUGACUUCAUGCCAAAUGGUAGCCUCGACAAACACCUGUUCGGCAAGAAGACUCCUAUCAAUUGGCCCUGUAGGUACAAAAUAGCCCGAGGCUUGGCCUCUGCAUUGCUAUAUCUUCAUGAAGAGUGGGAGCAAUGUGUGGUUCACCGGGACAUCAAAUCCAGCAAUGUAAUGCUAGAUUCUAGCUUUAAUGUUAAGCUUGGUGACUUUGGGUUAGCUCGGUUAAUGGACCAUGAACUAGGCCCUUUGACAACAGGAUUGGCAGGAACAUUAGGCUACAUGGCCCCGGAAUAUAUAAGAACCGGCAGGGCAAGUAAGGCAUCAGAUGUGUACAGCUUCGGGAUAGUUGCCUUGGAAAUUGCUACAGGGAGAAGAUCGGUUGAUCCAAUCGAAGAAAACUCACAAAUUGGUUUGGUAGAGUGGGAUUGGCAUCUUUAUGGAACUGGGAACCUACUUUCAGCUGUUGAUGAAAGGUUGCAUGCAGAGUUUGAUGAAGAACAAAUAGAGUGUUUAAUGAUUGUUGGAUUGUGGUGUGCUCACCCUGAUAGCAGUCUAAGACCCUCAAUCCGACAAGCAAUUCAGGUUCUCGAUUUUGAUGUGGCACUGCCAAAUCUUCCACUGGAAAUGCCUGUUCCUACCUAUCAAUAUCAUCAACGUACAGCAACAAGAACAAGUAGCACUAUUGAAACUUUGGUGACUGAUUCGAACCUUAGGAUCGAGCCUUAAGCCAUCCCGUCACAUUUUUCUAUUGUAAGAUGUCUUGAUGUCUCCAAUUGUCGUUUAUUUCUAACAAUCAACGCAAUUGAUCAAUGUCAAACCUUUUUUAAAAUCUUGUUUUUUGUUUUUUUUUUCUAUUACUUAAUGAAAGAGAUUCAAAUUUGAAGUGUA